CAAAAAACAAAUCACAAACCCAAAUUAUUACCAUCCACAUGAUCCCAUCCCAUCAUCCCAAAUCCAUAACCCAUUAUAAUACACUCAUCAUAAAACUAAAAAAUAUAUAAAACAUAAACAAACUCACAAAACCAUAGGACCCAUUUGUUCCUAUAAUUAUCAAACUCUACUAAGUAGUAACCAUUUCAUUCUUCAUUCCAAUUACAUUACCAUUCCUUCAUAAGUUGUUUUGUUUCCACACCAUGACAACAACCUACGGCACAAUCCCAACCUCCCCAACACCACCAAAACUCGAAUACAUAACACGCGGAAAACAAAGAAUCAAAGCCGGCUUAGGAACUCGCCGACCAUGGAAAACCAUGUUCGAUAUCCGCUCACUCGGUAUCCCCGCCCGCGGCUUACCAGAAGCAAUAUCACGGAUCCGUGAUAACAUCUCAUAUUUCCGCAUGAACUACACUAUGGUCAUGCUUCUCAUUUUGUUUCUGAGCCUAUUAUGGCACCCUUACUCGCUCAUUGUUUUCGUUCUUCUAAUGGCGGCUUGGUUGUUCUUCUACUUUCUUCGUGAUCAGCCGGUGAUUAUAUGGGGUAGGCUUGUCGAUGAUCGACUUGUGGUUGUUGUUAUGGCGUUUGUUACGGUGGCGCUGUUGCUUCUUACACACGCUACUGUGAAUAUUGUUGCGGCGGUUAGUGUUGCGGUUGUGGUUGUUGUGGUGCAUGCUGUGUUUAGGAGGACGGAGGAUUUGUUCUUUGAGGAGGAAGAGCAAGUUAUUGUUUCUGUUGCUUCAUGAUUCGGUUUUGUUGGUUAUUGAAUUAAUCUUUUGCACUUGUUUUAAUCUUCAUUAUUGUUGUAUGUGGAUUCAUUUAAAUAAAAAUGGUUGUUGCAUUUUUAAAAUAGGUUAACUUAUAUAUUUUUUUAAACUGAAAUAAGGAAUAUCAUUAAACAAAAAGGAGGCAUAACAAGUUACACAACGGGGGGACUAGACCAAAAUCGAGAGAAUAGAUAAAGAAUAAAAUAUAAUAUUAUAAUAAAUAUAAUAUUUGCUAUAAAUUAACAAUAUGAAGCAACGGCUCAGUGGUUACAGUCUUCGAUCCAUGUUUAAAGCAAUUUUUACACAAUGUUUUUAUAUGGUAU